ACACAUAUAUAUAUAGACAUAUAUGCAAAUUUCAUUUGGUAUAUAUCAUCACUUAUUAUUUCUCUCUCAAUCUUCCUCUACUUAUAUAGUUUCCAUCUUUGUUAAAAUGCCGGAAAACAUGAACAUAUCUGUAAACGGACAAUCCCAAGUCCCUCCUGGAUUCCGAUUUCAUCCCACCGAAGAGGAGCUCUUACAAUACUAUCUCCGAAAGAAGGUUUCUUAUGAGAAGAUCGAUUUAGAUGUGAUUCGAGAGGUUGAUCUUAACAAGCUCGAGCCAUGGGAUAUUCAAGAGAGGUGCAAGAUUGGAACUACGCCGCAGAAUGAUUGGUAUUUUUUUAGCCACAAAGACAAGAAGUACCCGACCGGAACUCGGACUAACCGUGCCACGGCGGCGGGUUUUUGGAAAGCCACCGGCCGUGACAAGGUCAUAUAUAGCAACUGCCGGCGGAUUGGAAUGAGGAAGACGUUGGUGUUUUACAAAGGGAGAGCUCCUCAUGGUCAAAAAUCUUAUUGGAUCAUGCAUGAAUAUAGACUAGACGAUAACAUCGUUGAAACCAACGUGUCAAAUGGUAUGAUGGAGGGGACACAAGAAGAAGGAUGGGUGGUAUGUCGUAUUUUUAAGAAGAAAAAUCAUCAUAAAACCCUAGAAAACCCUAUUAGCACAUCCUUGUCUGAAAAAACCAGGAACCUGCAUAUGUUCAACACAUGUAGUGAAGGAGCCUUGGAACAUAUACUUGAAUACAUGGGAAGGAGUUGUAAGGAAGACAAUGAAGCAAAUAAUAACAACACGAGAUUUGUCAUGUCCAUGGAGCUUGCUAUCAACAACAAUGGCUACUAUGACUCCUUCACGAAGCUGCCAAGUCUAGACAGUCCAAACUCAGCCAGCAGUUACCAACCCAUUAUGACAGAAAACGAAGGCUCAAUCAUCAACUCGGUGAGUGGUGGUGAUUUCAACUCGGUUUAUAACAAUGACUCAGGGCUAACCAACUGGGCAGCACUCGACCGACUCGUAGCUUCACAUCUCAAUGGACAAACAGAGACAUCGAGACAACUGGCUUGUUUCAAUGACCAACAGAUGGCCUACUGCAAUAACACCAACAGCACUGAUCAUCAAGAUCUUGAAUUACCAGCCGUUCGAUCAACAUCACCACCAUCAUCAUCAUCAAUAGACAUCUGGACUAGUUUCACUACCAGAUCAUCAUCUUUGUCAUCAUCCGUUAUCGACCCACUAUGCCACGUGGUUAAUGCUAGUGUAUAACAAAAUCUAUAAUCAUACCUUCGUACCUAAAGUCACAAAGUUAUUAUUAUUAGAGUAUUACAUCACAGUUAUGUUGAUGAAAUAUAUAUAAAUAAAAAUUAAAAAAGGGAAAUCUAUUCUUAGAUGGGAUGCCAUUGUCAACCAUCAUCUUUACUUUAAUUAAUCAAUAUGUCCACCAUUUUUUUUUUCAUAA